GAUGGGCAUUACUUUUUCUUCUGCCGAUCGUCUUACGGUUUCUUGCUUCAUCCUUUGAAUUGGUUGGUUAAAGUAUUACGUGAGCAUCCAAGGAAAUUUAAUGCCACGGAACAAUUUAACAGUCAAAAUCUACGCCCUAUGGAAUCGCGUGCACAUGAAAUUGCGAAAUCGAUCUGUGCAGCCGAAAAGUCGAUUCCUUGGACGCGAAACCUUGGGGCAUCUUGGAAGGAACCAUGGAGCCAAACCCACUCUUCCCAAGCCGUGCGGGACACCCACAUCUCUACCCGUACCGGUAUAAAACCCAGCUCCCACCUAUAAUCCACAAUUUCACCGAAGAAACCAAAAGACCCAGGGGGCAUGUCAGUCGGCCAGAGGCCCGCCGAGGACGCGGGCGCCGGCUUGCCGAAGCCGUCGUCCAGCAGCGCGCGGUAUGACCGCAUCUUGUCUGGCCUUGCCACCGGCGCGCUCGCGGAUAUAGAGCCUGACAAGAUCAAGGGCGACAUCCGGCGAUGGGCCAAGGCGGUCGGGGCGCUGGUGCGCCAGCUGAGCUUCGGCGCCUGGCCUGAGAAGAGCGACGGCUCGUCGGAGCACCAGAACGCGGGCGGCGAAAGAUGUUUCGGCUUGGACUGGACAGCUGAUGGCAUUUCACAGCCAUCAAUCCAGGAACGACACUGAUAUGACUGGUAACCAUCUACAGGCGACGGCCGAGAAGAUGCUGCUGAAGAUUUCAUUAAUUCAUUCAUUAGUUCGUUGUAUGUACUCUGAUCUAUGUCUCUCCAAUAGUUCCAUUCUUAACAAAUACGUAGAAUAAAAUUUGGGCAGCAAAUAUGAUACUCCCUUUGUUCCAAAA